AUGACAGUGAUAACACCUCCAUCCCGCGUCGCCGCCGCACGACGAAACUUUCGCAAGUAUCUCUUUCUGGGCGUGGCCAUUGGCGCCUGCACGUGUGUGGCUCGUUGGAGUCAAGGAUACUACAAUGCCGCAAGAGCAUUUGCACCUCCUCCUCACAUUAAGCACUUUGACAAGGGCGAGAAGGGCUACAAGCGAGAACACUAUUGCAUUGACAAUUCGGACCGAGAAGAAUGCUGCUCCGAGUACCAGUGCACCAUGUUUGUCACCCGUUCGACGCUGUACAGUGACUGCUGCAAUCAUGUCCACAACACGGAUGAAAAGACUGUCAAGAGAGGACGACAACAUUCCCACUUGUUGCCACUCCUCAUCACAUCGGCACCUCGCAGUGGCACUCGAUUCAUUCAGCAGUUGUUCACCCGCGUGGGAAUGACCGGUCUCACCACGGAUUCACACUCGCCGCAGAAUCGCGGACAAGUGUCUUGGAAGCAUGUCUUUGAUGAUGAGGAUUACGUUGUGGGGGAUACCAAUCCAACUCAUCUGUACAAGAGCAAAUUCCGAGUCAUUUGGCAUUUGGUCCGGGACCCGCUCAAGUCGCUCACUUCAAUGGCAUUCACAGAACCGCUACUCGAAGACACGGCCAAGAGCGACCAGUACGUCAAAUACGUUUCCAAACAUAUCCAUCUUUCCAACCAGUCCACGUUGCGAGACUUUUUCCGCAUUACUCCGGAUGAAUGGGAGACUCGCGCCAACCACACGGACAGUGAAAAGAUGCACAAGUUUUUGGUGUACCGAGGCAUGGAGAUCUACUUGCACUGGCAUGGCUUUAUCAAUUAUCUCAAUGUCCCUAUAUUCCGUUUGGAAGACUUGGCUGUGGACAAGAAUGUCACCGUUCUCGAUGAAGUCUUUCAUUCCGUCGGCAUCCAGCCACCUCGGCACAGUGAAGUCAUGUCCUACUUGGAAGCACAGGAAUACAAACGUGAACAGUAUCAAAACCGACGACGACGUCUCAAGAAAGGUCGAGACCGAUUCAGGUCCAAAAAAGACCUGCACAAGGAUGAACGAGAGCACCGUGAAACACUCAACUGGAGGGAACUUUGUCAUGUGGACAAGCGAAAGGCUCGGGACUUGCUGAAAAUGAGUCAAUCGUUUGGAUAUUAUCAGGAAUUGGACGAAGAGACGCUUUGUCAGUAG